GCAGCAGCCAAUCACAGCUGACCAGUGCUGGACUUACCCCAGGGGCAGGAGAAGGCAGGCUCAGUCCUGGAGAGGAGGCAGAGGGGUGAGGUGACAUGGGGGUAGUGGGGACAGUAGUAGAGGGGACAUGAAGAACACAGCAUAGAGGUUGGUUCCAGAGAAAGAAGAAUAUUAGGAUCAAGUGUCUUAUCAGCACUUGCCCAAGAUUCUUCUCAACAACUUGAGUAUCUUCUUAGGUGGCGGCCAUGGCCUGUAAGAAGCUUCUUGACUUGAUGUCUUACACGUUGAUGAUUGGAUUUCUCUUCACUAUAUUACCUGGAUCUCAAGCCAAUGAAUGCCCUCAGCUCUGUGUUUGUGGUAACCGCCCUUGGUUCACUCCACAGUCCACCUACCGUGAGGCCAAAACCGUCGACUGCAAUGACUUACGUCUGACCAAGAUCCCAGCAAACCUUUCUGCAGACACCCAGGUGCUUCUACUGCAGAGCAACAACAUUGAACGGACUAACGGAGAACUUCAGCAGCUGGUGAACCUCACAGAGCUUGAUCUUUCCCAGAAUAAUAUAACCUCCAUUCAGGAUGUUGGUCUGGCCAAUCUUAGUCAACUAACCACUCUGCACCUGGAGGAGAACCAAGUAUUUGAGAUGACUGACUACUGUCUUCAAGACUUGAUCAAUCUGGAGGAACUCUACAUCAACCACAACCAACUGAGCUCCAUCACACCUAGUGCCUUUGCUGGACUGCGUAGUUUACUCCGCUUACACCUAAAUUCUAAUAAAUUGCGGAUUAUUGACAGUCGCUGGUUUGAGUCUACCCCAAACUUGGAGAUACUAAUGAUUGGGGAGAACCCAGUAAUUGGUAUACUGGACCUAAAUUUCCAACCGCUAAUUAACUUGCGGAGCUUGGUCUUGGCUGGCAUGUAUCUUAGUGACAUUCCUGGGAAUGCUUUUCUGGGGUUAGAUAAUCUGGAAAGUUUAUCAUUCUAUGACAACAAACUCAGUAAAGUUCCCCAGGUGGCCCUACAAAAACUUCCUAACCUCAAAUUUUUGGAUCUUAAUAAAAAUCCAAUCCGAAAGAUUCAAGAAGGAGACUUCAAGAACAUGCUACGUUUGAAGGAGCUUGGGAUCAAUAAUAUGGCAGAACUCGUGUCUCUGGAUCGCUAUGCUCUAGACAAUCUCCCAGAGUUAACAAAGCUUGAAGCUACGAACAAUCCGAAACUGUCCUAUAUCCACCGUUCCGCCUUCCGUAAUGUGCCUACCCUGGAGAGCUUGAUGCUUAAUAAUAAUGCACUGAACUCCGUGUAUAAGGGGACAGUAGAAUCUCUUCCCAAUCUGCGUGAAAUAAGUAUCCACAGUAAUCCUUUACGUUGUGACUGUGUCCUACACUGGAUGGGUUCCAACCAGACCACGAUCCGUUUUAUGGAGCCGCUGUCCAUGUUUUGUGCAUUGCCCCCAGAAUAUCGAGGCCAGUCUGUGAAAGAAGCAUUGGCUCAAGACUCUGCUGGAGACCAGUGUUUGCCUAUGAUAUCUCAAGACACUUUCCCGAGCCAUCUCAGCCUAGACUUGGGUAUGACUGUUUCAUUAGAUUGCAGAGCAAUGGCAGAACCAGAGCCGGAAAUCUAUUGGGUUACUCCCAUGGGACAUAAGGUCACCACAGAAACUUUGUCUGAUAAAUAUUACUUAAGUGGGGAAGGAACGCUCCAGAUCACCAAUGUGCAGGUGGAGGACUCUGGCCGAUAUACAUGUGUGGCACAAAAUUCAGAAGGAGCAGACACUAGGGUGGCUACAUUGCGUAUAAAUGGGACCCUUCUGGAUGGGUCUCAGGCUCUCCGGCUAUACAUACAGCAGACUGAAGCCAGUUCAGUCCUGGUGUCCUGGAAGGUUAGUUCCAGUAUUUUGGCUUCUAACCUUAAAUGGUCUUCAGCCACAAUGAAGAUUGACAAUCCACACAUCACAUACACGGCCCGUGUUCCUGCUGAUGUCCAUGAAUACAAUCUGACCCAUCUCCAACCCGCCACAGAAUACGAAGUGUGUCUCACAGUAUCUGGUCUUCAUCAACAAGCACAGCGGGCCUGCAUCAAUGUCACCACCAAGGGGACGUCCUACUCAUUGACCGUCACCGAUCAGGAAACCAGUGCAGCUCUGGCUGCUGUUAUGGGUUCUCUUUUUGCACUCAUCAGUUUUGCCUCUGUUUCUGUGUAUGCAGCAAAACGAUUCCAGAGGAAAAACUAUCGGCAUUCCCUGAAGAAGUACAUGCAGAAAACGUCAUCCAUACCACUGAAUGAGCUGUACCCCCCACUCAUCAGCCUGUGGGAGGGGGACAGCGAGAAGGAGAAAGAUGGGAGUGUGGAGACCAAAGCCUCCCAGGUGGAUACAUCCCGGAGCUAUUAUAUGUGGUAACUCCAGAUAGAAACAUCUGAACAGAGCACAAAGACUAUUGGAGAUGACUACAACAAGCCCCCCCCCCCCCCCCCCUCCUCCAUGGCCCCCUUAGGUUUCCCCCUACAUACCCCUCUAUCUCUUGAUUUUCGAUUUUGUUCAUAAUGAUGUGUGCUGCCUGGCCAGAAAAUGAUGAACCGCUGCCAAAUGUGAGCUGCUGACAGCCCUGCUGCCUGGAUAGGCGACUCUUGGUCCCAUUUCAAGCUAAAGACGUUUGUCAAUUAUUGAACAUCAAUUUAAUCCCUUUUAGACCAAGCUGCAGUAAAGGAUAGAGAUUUCCAAAAAGUGCAAACUCAUCAUCAAGUUUCUUUCCUGAAGCUUGAGAUGAAUUUCUUGAAUGCAAAUAUAUAUGCACAGCAGAUAUAGCAUAGACACAGCCCAAAGAUAACUGGGGGAAAAGAUGUGUCUUAGGCUAAGUUUCCACUUGGUUUUUUUUCUGACAGUUUUUAGAUUUCUGCCACUGCAGUUUUUGAGCCAAAGUCAGAAGUGGAUCCAUAAGGGAGGAGAAGUAUAAGUCCUUCCUUUAUAUGUCCUAUUCCUUUUGAAUACACUUCUGGCUUUGGCUCAAAAACUGCACUGGCAGUAUUCCAAAAACUGCCAGAAAAAAAAAACAAGUGGAAACUUAGCGUAAGGCUAGGUUCACACUAUGGAAUUUCGCCUGCAAUUCCACAUUGAAAUUGCAGGCAGAGAUUCUGCUUACUAAAAUGUACUGUAUAGUGAAUGGGUUUCCGUUCAAAAAUUCCCACUUCGGAAUUUGUGAAGCGGAAUUUGUGAACGGAAAAUCCGCUUUAAAAUUUCCGCCUGAAGAAUGGCGUUGCUCAUUCUUCAGGCAGAAAUUCUCGCGGAACACCUUGCAGCCCAUUGGAGACUGCAGUGUCUGCGUGGUCCUAGCGCCGACUGAAUCAGUCGGUGCUGGCCACACUCAGAAUCUCCGGAUGGAAAUUUUCUGCCCAGAGAUUCCACAGUGUGAAUCUAGACUUAGGGGGAUUCCCACAAGCUACUCUAAAUUUUUAAUAGAAGUAAUUUACAAAUUUGUUUAACUUUCUGGAGCCAGUUGAUAUAAAAAAAAAGUUUUUUUCCUGGAAUACCUCUUUAAACAGAUUUGUUAAUUACUUCUAAUAAAAAAUCUUAAUCUUUCCAGUACUUAUUAGCUGCUGAAUACUACAGAGGAAAUUAUUUUCUUUUUGAAACACAAAGCUCUAUGCUAACAUCAUGACCACAGUGCUCUCUGCUAACAUCUCUGUCCAUUUUAGGAACUGUCCAGAGUAGGAGAAAAUCCCCAAAGAAAACAUAUGCUGCUCUGGACAGUUCCUAAAAUGGACAGAGAUGUCAGCAAAGAGCUCUGUGUUCCAAAAAGAAAAUAAUUUCCUCUGUAGUAUUCAGCACCUAAUAAGUACCGGAAGGAUUAAGAUUUUUUUAAUAGAAGUAAUUUUCAAAUCUGUUUAACUUUCUGGCACCAGUUGAUUUAAAGGCCAUUCUGCCUAACCUUUCCCUUUACAAGCAUAUCCUUGUAACUAUGACUCUCAUCUAUGUGUAAUUGUUGCCCUUGAAGGCGACACAGAGCGGCUUUCUAGAUUCCAGCAAAUACAGGGAAGCCAGCAGAUCGGUGUGUGUAUGUGGCCUUCAAGGGCUGCACAAACAAGAAUGACUUUGGUUGAUAACAUUGAGGCGAGG